AACCGGGUAAAGUCAACUAGUAGAGUAAUUAGAACUCAAUCGAUACGCAUACAGGUGGUGGAUCCGAGAGAGACGAAAACGGAAGUAAAGAAAAAAAGAAGAGAGAGAAAGGGAGAGUGUGAGAUCUAGGAAGAGAGAGAGAGAGAGGGAGCUGACCCAUAACUCAGGCAGUUGAUCGGAAAAGAGAUGGGGUGCUCGUUCUCGGGGUUGAAUGCUUUAUACGACGCCGUUAAUGGUGGUGGGGAUGUUUGGAUCAAUGAGAAUCGCUUCAGAAUCGUGAGACAGCUCGGGGAGGGCGGCUUCGCGUACGUUUUCCUCGUGAAGGAGGUCAUCUCUGACACUUCUAACCCUGGUCUUUCAAACAAAUUCAAGGACUCUUCUCACCUCUCCGAUGAUGGAACUUAUGCUAUGAAGAAGGUUCUUAUUCAGAACACUGAACAGUUGGAGUUGGUGAAAGAGGAGAUUCGUGUUUCAUCUCUAUUUACUCAUCGCAAUCUGCUUCCUCUCCUUGAUCAUGCUAUCAUCGCAGUCAAGGCCGCACCAGAUCAGUCCUGGAAGCAUGAAGCUUACUUGUUGUUUCCGGUACAUUUGGAUGGGACAUUACUGGAUAAUGCCACAGCCAUGAAAGCUAAGAAAGAAUUCUUUUCCACUUCGGAUGUUCUUCAAAUAUUUCGCCAGCUUUGUGCAGGACUCAAGCAUAUGCAUAGCUUUGAUCCUCCUUAUGCACAUAAUGAUGUCAAACCUGGUAAUGUCCUUUUAACUCAUAGGAAAGGACAGCCACCUCUUGCUGUAUUAAUGGAUUUUGGAAGUACACGUCCUGCAAGAAGGCAAAUCCGCUCUCGUUCUGAGGCCUUGCAGCUGCAGGAAUGGGCAUCUGAGCACGUUUCCGCACCCUUCCGAGCACCUGAAUUAUGGGAUUGCCCAAGCCAAUGUGAUAUUGACGAAAGAACUGAUAUCUGGUCAUUAGGUUGUACAUUAUAUGCAAUAAUGUAUGGAGUAUCUCCCUUUGAGUAUGCACUUGGGGAAUCUGGUGGAAGUCUGCAGUUGGCUAUUGUAAAUGCACAGAUAAAAUGGCCAGCCGGACCUAAACCUCCAUAUCCGGAAGCCCUUCACCAAUUUGUGACAUGGAUGCUUCAACCUCAGGGGACAGUUCGACCUCGCAUAGAUGAUAUCAUAAUUCAUGUUGACAAAUUGAUCUCAAAGUUUUCCCAUUGAAAGGAUAGGACAAGAUUUGUUGGGUUAGUUUACAGAUGAAUCAUCUUAUAACGUCUUUUAGCUUAUUACAUAACUUACUGCAAGUUACUAUUCUUGACUUUUCCCUGUUAAAAUGUGAGAGAAGCAGCAAUAGUUUGUUAUUGUUUGGAUUGCAUUCCAUGGCAAGAGGCUUUAGCAGUCAUACGUUUUUAUUUAUAAUUGUUGAAUGGUGAAUCAUCCACACUCUAUAUUUCUUACGCCAAAAGAAUCUUUUGCCUUA